CAAUCCACUUAGUCUACCUAACACGAUAACUUUAACUUUCAGCUACUAUCAAAGGUCAAGAAUCUCUCAGGGUGGAUAUUUUUAGAAGCUUUUGUAGAAAAUUGAAAUAUUUUUAAUCCAUCUCUAGUCAAAUUGGAUGAGGUUUGAAAAUCCAUCGGAGCAAAGAGUGGGCUGGAAAGAAAAUAGGCGGCACCCAUUCAAACAGCGGCAGCUUCGGAAACUUGCAAUUAACGGAAUUUAUCAAAUAAUAAUUAUAAUUACAAUUGUUUCUGGGCAAGUUGAGAAUGUCCUCUCCAUUGAUGGAACAUAGGCGAUAUCACAAACACAGAACUAAAAUAAAGCCUAAAAAAAGGAAUGCUAAAAGUUCUCAUUUUAAGGAAUCGCACAGUAAAGUGAAUCAACUACCACGGAUAACUGACAAAAGGUUGACGAACAAGAACGGCUUUAACUUGAAAGGAGCUAUAUCAACAUCCCCCUGUUCUAGAGGAACUAAAGCCCAUAAUGUUAAGAAAGGCACAGUCGAUUAUGACUUGAAACGUCUUCUUCAGGAUGCGAAAAAUAAAGUUUCAAAAGAUAUCUCCAAUUCUGCAUCCACUUGCUCAACUUUUUCAUCCGAUAGGGAUGACUCUAUUGAUUUGGUUGAUCCACUCAUAGAAAAGGUCAGAAAGGAAAAAUCAAAGAGAAGUUGUGGUUCAUUCCCUGCAUUUCCACCUAAAUAUAAGCAUCAUACCAAAGAGGUAACUGCAAGCAGUUCACCUGAAAAUGAUAUAUCAAUACUUGUAAAUAAUGAUGACGACUCAAGCAAUUUUAAAGACCAGGACCUACUUUUUCAAGGAAAUAGUAGUGGUUCAACCGCAACAAGAAGAGUUGAUUUACAUAAUUCAAGUGGGAACAGUGUACCUACAAUCAGAAAAAGGCCUUCAUUUUCAGUCCGUCAAAAGUUUGCUGCAGGCAUUGUAGACAGCCUUGUUUUAGAAGGAAAGAAACAAUUCCCAAUUGAAAAUGAUUGUGUCUCUCACUGGCAACGCGAUGUUGCAUCAAAUCUUACUGAGCUUUUCAGGAAGCGUCAUGGUAUUUUUUUACACUCAACAUAUUCAUUGGAAUCUGAUGAGGUACAUAAAAAGGAUGCAUCCCUGCAGAAAGAACUUUUGGGAAAGGAAUCUGAUAAACCACUAGAUCAAGACACCAGGCUCUACCAACUUUUGGGAAAGGAAUCUGAUAAACCACUAGAUCAAGACACCAGGCUCUACCACAACAGAGAUAAAAUGGGAGUAGAAAAUAAAAUUGUGACUAACUCAAACGUAGAACGAAAAAUGAUAGAUCAAAAUCCUAUGUUGUGCAGUAAGAGUGAGAAAGAUUUCAAGCAGAAGAGUACAGAGGCAUGGGUGAAAGCCAUACACCCUGAUUUCCAGAAUAAUGAUAAAUUUUAUAGCAAAAAGAAAUGCCAGAAAGACAAGAUUUCUGUACCACCAUGUGAAACUACCAACCAAACAGAAACGGAGUUUUUAAAGAAUUUUAAGAAGAGUGCUGUAGUCAAAUCUACUGAAAACCCAUUUAAAAUUCUGAGCCAACCUGCACCAUUGUGGAACGAAAGAGAAAAGAACAUUUUUUGGCCAACAUCGCCAGUUUUGUCUCCAGUUAUAGAUCAUGUGCCACCUGCUCCAAUACCUCACUAUUCAGAAGUUGGAUGCCAGCUGAAUUCUAAUCAUGGCCACUUUUCUAAAAAAUCAAAGAUAGAUUUAUACAACAAAGACGGUUUCUGCAGCAGAGAAAAUGGUGUAAACUGGUAUCAGGAUAGUCCGAAUGCAGCAAUUGAACCACCAAAACCCCAUACUUCCUGGUUUUCAUGGUUAAAAGGCAGCAAAGAAAAGGGUGACCCUUUAAGUUCUGCAGAUCACUUUGAAUUUAAUCCUCCUGUUUCAAAAAGAAGUAAGAAUCACAUUGAAAAGGUUUAUGAUCAAUCAAAGAACAAGGCAAUUUCUCUUGCCAAUACAUCAGAAAUGUGGGGUCAAUUCCCUAAGAUAGCAAGAAGGAGUUAUGAGUCAUAUCCAAGAGAAAUUAAAAUUGAAGAUCUUGGAUAUAAGAAACAAGAACAUGUCAGUAAUAAAACCUCCUUAAACAGUCAGUAUAUUAAGUUUUCACCAAGAAGAAUGUUUUAAUGAGUGCAUACAGUUUUCAAUAGAAGUGCUC